AUGAUCCGUAACCGAAAUGUCAACAAAAACCACGGUCAUCUGAAACAAUUCGGUCAGAAGCAGCCGGAUCUCCGUGGAAAAAACGCGCCUGCUUACCUCGAAAAAGACACGUUGCUCGGGAGGAAUGAGAGCUUUCUGGUGGAAAAAAUGAUAGCUGGCGGAGGAUUUGGACAGGUUUAUCGGGCAAGAAAUUUGGAAACCCAAGAGGAAGUUGCAGUAAAAGUGGAGCGUGCCACAACAAAUGACUCACAAAGAAUGAUUCUCGAGUCGAAGGUUCUCGAUGAUAUGUUUGGAAUCAAACACUUUCCAAUCGUCUAUUAUAUUGGUCCCCACUCCUUAUACAACUUUAUUGUAAUGCAAAUGCUCGGGAAGAAUCUUGGAGACAUCCGGAAACUUCUUCCAACUAGAAAGAUUUCCAUCACAUCGGCAAUUCGAAUCGGUAUCCAAAUCAUUGAGGCAUUAUCACUUCUUCAUGGAAAAGGAUGGCUCCAUCGAGAUCUGAAACCAACUAAUUGUUGUCUGGGUCUCGAUGAGAAACGGAAAACCGUCUAUCUCGUGGAUUUCGGCAUGUCGAGAAAGUUUCGAAACGACGACGGAAGUCAUCGAGACAGUCGUCACUAUUGUGGAUUCCGUGGCACGACAAGAUACUGCUCGUAUCGAAUGCAUGAUCGUCGGGAGCAGGGACCAGUUGACGAUUUGUGGUGUUUGUAUUAUACGAUGGCCGAAUUAAUUGAGGGUUACUUGCCGUGGCGUGAUGUGGAAUCGGUGGAUGAGAUGGCGCAGAUGAAGAAGAUUUUGAAGCAUGAAGUGAUUUAUCCAUCGAUGCCCUCAAAAUACGCGAGUUUCGACCGAAAUCUCCGUCGUCUCCGUCAAACUUCCACUCCUGACUACUCGAAAUUCCAGAAUAUUCUGGCGAGUUGUGUGAAAUUUGUGGAUGACAAUGCUGAAUUCGAAUGGGAUGUAUUGGGACUCUGA